CCAAAAGCAUGGAGAAAUGACAAACAAGAGCCUAGUGACAACGUUUAUCCUAGCCGGCCUUCCCCACCCACCACAGCUGGACACACUCCUCUUUGCAACCUUCCUGCUGAUUUACGUCCUCUCUGUGCUGGGGAACCUCCUCAUCCUGCUGGUGAUCACGGUGGACCCCCACCUCCACACCCCCAUGUACUUCUUCCUGACCAACCUGUCCUUCAUCGACAUGUGGUUCUCCACGGUCACUGUGCCCAAAGUGCUGAUGAGCCUGGUGUCCCCCGCAGGCGGGGCUCUCUCCUUUCACAGCUGCGUGGCCCAGCUCUACUCCUUCCACUUCCUGGGCAGCACCGAGUGUUUCCUCUACACGGUCAUGUCCUAUGACCGCUACCUGGCCAUCAGCCACCCGCUCAGGUACUCUGGCCUGAUGAGGGGGAGAACCUGUGCCCUCUUGGCCACAACCACGUGGCUCAGUGGCGCUCUGCACUCUGCUGUCCAGACCACACUGACCUUCCGGCUGCCCUACUGUGGACCCAGCCGGAUCCAGCACUACUUCUGUGAUGCACCCCCCAUCCUCAAACUGGCCUGUGCGGACACUUCUGCAGUUGAGAUGGUGAUCUUUAUCAACAUUGGGGUGGUGGCCUCGGGUUGCUUUCUCCUGAUUGUGCUGUCCUAUGUGUCUAUCGUCUGUUCCAUCCUGAAGAUCCGCACCUCAGAGGGCAGACAUAGAGCCUUUCAGACCUGUGCCUCCCACUGCAUUGUGGUCCUUUGCUUCUUUGUUCCCUGUGUUUUCAUCUACCUGAGGCCGGGCUCCAAGGCUGCUGUGGACGGGGUUGUGGCCGUGUUCUACACUGUGCUGACACCCCUUCUGAACCCCGUGGUGUACACCCUGAGGAACAAGGAAGUGAAGAAAGCUCUGCUCAAGCUUAAAGACAAAGUAGCAUAUUCUCAGGAUAAAUAAAUGC